CUUGAAGUCCUGGACCCAUUUUCUUGAAAAGUUUGGGAUCCUUGAUUUCCACUUUUGUACCGUAACAUGAUAACAUAACUUUUUGGCUUUUGGUUUUAUGCUUUAUAAACAUGACACUAAAAUUAACCUACCAAUUUACAAACCCAUACCUACUCUGCUUCAAGUUUCAACCCAAAGAGGUUUCCAGCAUAUCCUCUUCUUUUCGCUAGCGCUCAGUUUCUUAUAUAUAACAGGCUGUUUUAAGGACACUUAGUUUGAUUUUGCCACUUCUAUGCUUUUAAAAUCCUGAAUAACUACAAAGCUAGCAAUUUGUUGGGUUGAUAAUGAAUAACAUACCUGCUAGAGUUUGGCUGUUUCUGUUCUUCAACCUGUUUUGUUCUUUGGUAAUCCACGCCAUAGCCAACGGUACCAACAGCAAAACGCAAGAUUUCAAAGUAGGUAGUGCCAGAAGUUCGGGAAAAGGCUGUGAUCACGGCUGGUCUCACUGUAAGCAACCGAUAACUCCUCAGCCAUCCUCUCUUUUGCCUGUUGAAGCAGAGGUUUUGACAUUCGAAGACCUGAGGCUUUCAGUGGUGUACCCUGUGAUACAAAAAUUCAAGUCAAUUAUCACCUCGGAUCCUCUAGGAAUCACUAAAACAUGGGUUGGAUCGGAUAUAUGCAACUACAAAGGGUUUUAUUGUGACAACCCACCGGACAACAAGUCUGCAACCGCAGUUGCAUCCAUCGACUUCAAUGGCUUUCAACUCAGCGCACCAUCCCUCGAUGGCUUCCUCGAUCAACUUCCAGACAUUGCUGUUUUUCAUGCCAAUUCCAACAAUUUUUCUGGCACCAUCUCCACGAACAUUGCCAAGCUCCCUUACCUAUACGAGCUGGAUGUGAGCAACAACCAAUUAUCCGGUCCUUUUCCCACUGCUGUCAUUGGUAUGAACAGCCUCACGUUCUUGGACCUUCGUUUCAAUUUCUUUACUGGGUCAGUCCCACCUCAAGUCUUCGUGCAGGACCUUGAUUUUCUCCUCAUCAACAACAACAAUUUCAUGCAAAGUCUCCCAGACAGUCUUUCCAUCACCCAUAUUCUCUAUCUCACCUUAGCCAACAAUAAAUUCAGUGGACCAAUUCCUGGUGGCAUUGUGAAAGCUUUGACAUCUCUGACUGAGGUUCUUCUCUUAAACAACUCAUUAACAGGGUGUUUGCCUUAUGAGUUAGGAUCACUUGACGAAGCAAUUGUGUUUGAUGCCGGCAAUAACCAACUAACAGGACCAUUGCCCCUUUCGUUGGGUUGCCUAAAGAGCGUGGAGCAGUUGAAUUUCGCUGGAAAUCUACUGUAUGGUAUGGUGCCGGAAGUGGUUUGUGCGCUUAGACAUCUGGUAAAUCUAACUUUGUCGGACAAUUAUUUCACAGUUGUUGGGCCACUGUGUCGGAUUUUGAUAGGGAGAGGAGUAUUAAAUAUUAGGAACAACUGCAUUCCAGAUCUUCCUUUCCAGAGACCAAUUAUUGAAUGUGCAAAAUUCUUAGCAUUUCCCAGAAUUUGCCCUCGCAUGUGGUCUUAUACUUUAAUGCCCUGCAUGCUUCCCUCUUUCAAUCCCCCAAUUUCUUCCAUUCCCAAAUAUUGGCCACAUUUUCCCUAGUUUUAUACAUUCCGAGUCUCACCUCGGAAGCGCAUUGCCUGUGUUUUUCAAUUGUAAUUCCAAGAAUAUUCUCAGUAACAUCUUUCAUCAACCCCACAGCAAGGGGAAAAAUUCAUUAUUGAUUCCUAACUAAGAACAUCUUCCGUCGGGACUUAUCUGUGGCAUCCGUAUUUUGGUUUGUUCAACCCUAAUUAAGCAGAUAAUUAGAGAUACCUGUUACGAAAAUCCACAUCACCGGACGCGUUGUCCACCGUGGGGGAAUGCCGAAUGCUUGUUGGGUAAACCUAAUUAGUGGAAGGAAGCUUUGCCUUUGCGGCUGUCGUCCAACGAGCUGGCCAUAGCCAUGAGAUAAGAAAUUUGUGCAUGGGCACGCCCAGCCCAACUUCUGUUGUUGCCCACUAUGAUGGGAUUAUUGCUCUGGGUUAGGUUUCAAUUAUCAAAUACCACUCUCAUUGUUUUUUCUUUUUCCCCUUAUAUAAAUAUAAUAAUUACAAUAGAUAGUAAUUAAUUAAUUAUAUAAAAUAUUUUAUCUUCUGUUACUAAA